CGAUGUAUUCCGGGUGACUGAAGGGUUGAAACUAUGUAUUUUGAUUGUUUAUCAAAUCUGGCGCCAAACCAUUGCUUCCUUUCGGGAGGGUUUUGUCCUUGAAAAUAACUUUGGAUUUGUGGCUGCGACGUUAUAAAAAGGGGCACUUUAAAAACGCAUUUUCCCCAAAUACCACGGGAGAUGUUGUUUUACCUAAAUAAUGUUUAUUGUGCGCUGUUUGAUGUGGUACCUGUGUGUGACUGAGAACUGCAGUCGGUCUCGACUUUAAGUUAGUAACGUUAGUGGUUUCAUCGGCACUACAUGUCAGUUUCAUUAACCUUGUUCUGUUCAAAAGGAAUUGUAAAUAAUGGCAACUCAUUAAUGUAAAGUGUAAACAAAAAUACUAUUGUCUGUAAAUGUUUUUCUUGUGUAGGCUCUUAACUUGAACACACAUUUUAUUUUCUUACAAAGUAUUUCGUUUACAAAAUGCAAAUUAAAUUAAAUGGUUUGUAAAAAGAAAAAGAAAAAAAAAAGUGAUAUUACAUAGCUUUUGUUUCAUAUUCGCGCCUUUUUAAACCAGUUUGUGUAACACUUCGCAUCCCCCAAUUCGUUUGAAUUUCUCGCGAGGCGUAACUCUCACGUGACGUCUUGGAGGAUUCUGAUUGGUUCAUCUGAUGAGAGAGUUAAAAGGACCAAACAAAGCGGUGAAGUUUGCCCUUUUCUUAUUGGCUGAGAAUGAGCGCCAAGAAUCGAAUAUAAAAGAAUCCCCGGCAUUCACCGUUCGUUUUCUUCCCUCCAGCUGGACUGUAGAUCUUUAAGCUUAUGCUCUUCCAUUUUAUUUAUUUGUAGUUUACUUUGUUUUAGAAGUUGUUCAUUUUUCUUAACUUAUCAAAUUUUCUGUUUUACCUAACACUUAAAGCUUUAACAAUGCUGUCGACUCGUUCUCCACUCAAAACUAAGAAUGAAAACGCUGUUUCUGCCAAAAUCAAUAACAUGUCCUUGGUGGACAAAGAAAACACGCCGCCCAGUCUGAACUCCUCCAGAAUCCUGGCGUCCAAAACGGCGCGCAAAAUCUUUGAUGAUUCAGAGCAGACAAACGCUAAGAAAGGAGCUGUGGAGGAGGAGCCCCUUCUGAAGGACAACCCCCACCGCUUUGUCGUUUUCCCAAUUCAGUACCAUGACAUCUGGCAGAUGUACAAGAAGGCAGAGGCCUCUUUCUGGACCGCAGAGGAGGUUGACCUGUCCAAAGACCUCAAGCACUGGGAGUCCCUGAAAGAUGAGGAGAGAUAUUUCAUCUCUCAUGUUUUGGCUUUUUUUGCUGCGAGUGAUGGCAUUGUCAAUGAGAACUUGGUGGAGCGAUUUACUCAGGAAGUCCAAGUGACUGAAGCCCGUUGCUUCUACGGUUUCCAGAUUGCCAUGGAAAACAUCCACUCUGAAAUGUACAGUCUGUUGAUUGACACCUACAUCAAAGAUUCCAAAGAGAGAGAAUUUCUUUUCAAUGCCAUUGAGACGAUGCCUUGCGUAAAGAAGAAGGCUGACUGGGCACUUAACUGGAUUGGUGACAAAAAUGCACAAUAUGGGGAGAGAGUGGUAGCUUUUGCUGCUGUGGAAGGAAUCUUCUUUUCCGGGUCUUUUGCUUCUAUUUUCUGGCUGAAGAAGAGAGGACUCAUGCCUGGACUCACCUUCUCCAAUGAACUUAUCAGCAGAGAUGAGGGUCUUCAUUGUGACUUUGCCUGCCUCAUGUUCAAGCACUUGGUCAACAAACCUUCAGAAGCAACAGUAAAGAAAAUCAUCAUGAAUGCAGUUGAAAUUGAACAGGAAUUCCUGACUGAGUCUCUGCCAGUAAAGCUUAUUGGCAUGAAUUGUGACCUGAUGAAGCAAUACAUUGAGUUUGUGGCUGACAGACUUCUGCUGGAGCUGGGAUUCGACAAGGUCUAUAAAGUGGAAAAUCCUUUUGACUUCAUGGAGAACAUUUCCUUGGAGGGUAAGACCAACUUCUUUGAGAAGCGAGUCGGCGAGUACCAGCGGAUGGGAGUCAUGUCCGGACCCACAGAUAACGCUUUCAGACUGGAUGCUGAUUUUUAGAGACUCAAUCUGAGUGCAUUAAUGGACAAACUAUGAACUCUUUGGACUGAGGAGUUUCAACCUCAAUUUAUUUCUACAGUUUGUUUACAUGGGUUUUUUUUUGUUUUGUUUCUUAAACUUUCCUUUUUAAAUCUAAUACUAAUGUCUUUUUAUUUUUGUUGUUUUAAAUAAUAAUAAAAAGAACCACUCUA